AUGCAGGUGGACGACGAUGAUGAGGAAAACUUCAGCUCGCCCACGGUUAAGCGCAAGAGCUCAGUGAUGGCCGAGGACCAUCCACCGCCACCACCACUGCCGCCGACACACGUGGCACGGUCUGCGGGAGCUGCUCCAACGGCUGGUGCUUCGGGUCCGGCUCAAGUGAGUGGUGGCGAGGAGGUUGCCAAGCACGUAAAAACUCCGCAUCGACGAAGACAGCAGCAGCCGCAGCAGCAGGUCUCCAUGAAUGUUGGCGAGGUGAUGAGCGUCCCGCUAGCUGGCAAGUCGGUUCCCUUUCGAGUCGUCAAGAGGCGGAGCAAGGGUUUCAACAGCGUGGUGUUCGAGUGCCGCGAGGAGCAGGAGGAGGCGAUGGGGGACGAAGCCUAUCGCCCUCUGCGAGUUGUCACGGUCAAGGUCUUGUCCGGGGGAGAAUCCGGCAUGGGAGCAUGCCUGCACGAAGUAGAAACCCUGGCGUUCCUCAAGGUGAAGCGGCAAGAGGCGGGCUUGACGCGCGAGCGAUCGCGGUUCGCCGAGCUCGCCUCCUGGUUCUACCGCCGCUCGGCCGUUGGCGGGGUCGACCACGUGUGCCUCGUGUUUCGCGGGGGAGGGCUCUCGCUGCGGGAGGCUAUGUCGGCACGAUCGCCGCCGAUAAGUACGGCACAAAGCGGCGUCACCGCCAGCAACAUGCCUUCGUCCGCUCCUGUUUUGUUGGCGUGGAAGGCCCAUGAGGUGGUUGAGGUUGCUCGUGGUCUUCUCGAGGGCAUCGCGUUCCUGCACUCGGUCGGAUUGGUCCACGCCGACAUCAAGCCAGACAACGUCGCCCUCUACCCCCCGCCCCCUUGUAGUAGCUCACCGCCCCCGAACGCGACAACGCCGCCGCCGCCAACAGCGGCAGCACAAGCUCCGUUCGACCUCCGCCUUAUCGAUCUGGGCAACGCGGUGUUCGCCUCGGACACGGUGCCCGGAGUCACGGCGGGGACCCCGUCGUACCUCUCGCCCGAGGCCAGCGGCGGGCUUGCCUGGGGCCCGCCCGUCGACGUCUGGGCCGUCGGUUGCGUCCUGCACGAGAUCUUGACGGGCGGACGGGUAGGCGCCGCGGCCGCAUUUACCAUUGGCAACGAGGGCCGAGGCGGUGACAGUAGUGGUUGUGCCACCUCUGGGCCUUCGGCGGGACUGUCAGCUUCGGCGGGACUUUCAGCGGGGUCGGGGCCGGAACUGACGGGCGUGGUGGGUCUAGUGAAGCGCCUGCUGGCGGAGGAUGUGGGCGUGAGGCCCAGCGCCGAGGAGGCCCUGAAGGACGUGGUAUUCUCCACUUGGCCGUAAAUUGAAGGAACGUGGUGAGGGAGGUCUUAACAGACUGGGGUUGUGAUCCCCAAGGCUCCACGACUGUGAGUAACAAUUUGGGUGGCGUGUGUGUGUCUGGUCUGCCGUUACGGGGGCAUGGUGCUAAGAGAGACGUACCUCCGCAUCGCGAGCAUUCGAAAAGAGGGGCGGCGAGACAAGUGGACUAUGAUAUGUUGGUCUCCUCGUCCUAAAUAGGGUUUGUAGCUCCUGUUGCAUCUUUUUUACAACUCCUGUUGCAUCCGUAGACACAAAUGUGCUGUUGUCUGUCCUAUUGUAGGUACUGUGUCCUGCGGCAGGUCAGACAGCCUGGCGAUCCCACACCAUUCUGGCGAUCAGGACUGUAUGAAAUUGCAGCAAAUACCAAGGCUGACAUACAUUGGAGCUGGAGGAGUUGGUUCCUCCACCUGCUGCAGGUGUUGAGCUGCUCUGCUGUAUUUCCGUGACACCGAGAGUUAAAUUGUUGGUGUCAGUGAGGCCGAAGCAACAUGUAGAGCGAGAUAGUGUUUUGCUCGGCAUGUGUUGUAUAGAGCAAGUGUUGUCUCAAGAGCGUGUUGUCAAACGUUAUCAAGUCGAACGUCAUGCGAUCAGAUUUUCGCGUCAUUAGAUGUCAUGAACUUCCGAAUCUCGGAAGUCACUCUCGGUACUCUCGGUCAUUAUAUCUAGUUCUUCUUUGUACCAUAUUUGCGUCAUCUGGACUUAAGCUCACAGGAACUGGUCCCCCCGCAGUUGAAGGAAGCGAGGAGUUUCUGUUUUGUCAGGGCAGCUUUCGACGUGAUUGCAACAUUCGUAUUUUAUUCGUUUUGCUGCUGCUGCUGAUGAUGAUGCUGAUGCGAUGGUAGCUGGUCUUGGUGUGUAGAAUAUCGCGACAGUCCUCUCUUGUUGGUUUAUCACGGAAGCCCCCUUAGUCCAUCCUCAUCGUGAGGCGUACUAGCCCAUGGAUAUAUGUCGGCCCGAUAGGGUGGUGUGUGAAUAGUACUUUUAUGCUUUCCGGUAUAUUUUUCCGCAGAGAUUCACAGGGCCGCGUAUCGUGGCAUCAUUCGCAGCUUUGGGGACUUCGGUCCAAUACUGGCAAGAAAACAUCGAAACGCGGCAGGGUCUUCCUAAAUUCAGUGGGUAGGGUGUACAAGGUACAGAUGAGAAGCGUGCUUUAUUUGGUGCACGACAAACUGACGUGUUGUACAUGAUAGAAGUUAGGCGCGUGCUUCAGUUGGUGUGCAACAUACCAGUGUGGUGCAUGAGGGUACAAAACAGGUACGUUUUUUUUUUCUUGGUACCCGGGGUGAAGUAAUCACACCCAGCGCGGUACGUGACGGCACGCACUUGGUAUGGUUUUCCCGUACCAUAGCAGGGCUUGUAGUCGUAGCGAAUUGGGAGCUGCGUUUUAGUAUAUUGCGUCCCCGAAGAUAGAACUAGACCGUGGUAUGCGUGUACCCCUCGACUUUCGUGGGGGAAACGCUGUCGUUUUGGGUUUGAAUCAACUGCCCAUUGAGGUCGGCCUAUAUAUGGUUGUUGUGUCAAAACGCGGAUAUAGUCCGUGUCAAAAGAAAGACAACAAGGAAGGGCACUGCGUUCCACGUGCCGCCAUUGUUCAGUUGUACUUUGUAACAUUUAGCGGGGUAGAUGAUGUCAACGUAGGUUUCGACGAAUCGUAGCCUCUCGUGGCGAAAUGAGGACCGUGUACGGUUUCCCAAACGAGUUUCCGACCAACGUCCCCUAUGCUGGGUGGUGUUAACAAAGACGGGUUGCGAUCU